AUGAUUUGCUUGUGGUUCCUACCUCUUCUUGCUUACGGGCUUACAAUACUGCAGGGGGUGGAUUGUUGGACAUACCAUUAUUCAGACACAAACAUGACCUACAGGGAAGCAGAGCUGUGGUGCAAAGAGAGGUAUACUAACAUGGUUGCCAUUCAGAAUAAGGAGGAAAUCAACUAUCUCAAUAACUUCUUACCCUUCAAUCCGGGUUACUACUGGAUUGGAAUCAGAAAAAUUAAUGAGGUAUGGACCUGGAUUGGAACUAACAAAGAACUGACAGAAGAGGCAAAAAACUGGGCUUCAGGUGAGCCAAAUGGCAAAGGGAACAACGAGGACUGUGUUGAAAUCUACAUCAAAAGAGGGAAGGAUGAUGGCAAAUGGAAUGAUGAACAGUGUGAGAAAAAGAAGGUCGCCUUGUGCUACACAGCUUCUUGCAACCCAUCUCUCUGCAGUGGCCAUGGAGAAUGCAUAGAGACUAUUAACAAUCACACCUGCCAUUGUAACCCUGGAUUCUAUGGGCCUGAAUGCGAGUUUGUUGAGCGUUGUGAUCCACUGAAGAAACCUGAUCAUGGGAGCCUUGAGUGCAACCAUCCAUUGGAGAACUUCAGCUACAAGUCAUCCUGCACAGUUCAGUGUGAGGAAGGCUAUGAACUGACUGCAUUGGAAUCUGUAUACUGUACCUCUUCUGGGGUCUGGUCCGCCCCUCUUGCAGCAUGCAAAGCUGUGACCUGUCCUGCCUUAGAAAUGCCUGCUCAUGGUGCUGUGAACUGCUCCCAUUCCUCUGUGGAGCUCACCUGGGGUACCACCUGCGAGUUCACCUGUGAGGAAGGAUUUGCCUUGACAGGACCAGCCACGCUGCAGUGUGGGUCUUCUGGGGUCUGGGACAGGCAGCAGCCAUCCUGUGCAGCUGUGAGGUGUGAGGCUGUAACCUGGCCAGAAGAAGGUUUUGUGACCUGUGACCGAGCUCCUGCAGAUCUCACCUAUGGCUCACGUUGUGAUUUCCGCUGCAGCGAGGGCUAUGUUCUGGACGGCCCAUCCAGCAUUGAGUGCACGGUGCAGGGACAGUGGUCAGAGCCAGUGCCAAAAUGCAAAGCUGUGACCUGUCCUGCCUUAGAAAUGCCUGCUCAUGGUGCUGUGAACUGCUCCCAUUCCUCUGUGGAGCUCACCUGGGGUACCACCUGCGAGUUCACCUGUGAGGAAGGAUUUGCCUUGACAGGACCAGCCACGCUGCAGUGUGGGUCUUCUGGGGUCUGGGACAGGCAGCAGCCAUCCUGUGCAGCUGUGAGGUGUGAGGCUGUAACCUGGCCAGAAGAAGGUUUUGUGACCUGUGACCGAGCUCCUGCAGAUCUCACCUAUGGCUCACGUUGUGAUUUCCGCUGCAGCGAGGGCUAUGUUCUGGACGGCCCAUCCAGCAUUGAGUGCACGGUGCAGGGACAGUGGUCAGAGCCAGUGCCAAAAUGCAAAGUUUUACAGUGUGAACCACUGAGCUCUCCUGAGAAAGGCUCUAUGGAUUGCUCACAUGGUGCUGGGAACUUCACGUACAACACAGCUUGCCACUUCAGCUGUCAAGAAGGAUGGAGGCUCAAUGGUUCUCAUGUUCUUGAGUGCAGUCAUUCGGGAAACUGGAGUGCUAGUCUGCCCACAUGUGAAGCUUCUGAACAAGUCAGCUAUGUCUCUGUAGGCAUAGCAGCCACAAGUGCCUCUCUGUUGUCUACAGCAUCAUUCCUCCUUUGGCUUGCAAGACGUUUCCGAAGAAAAGCAAAGAAAUUUACUCCUUCCAGUAGCUGCCAGAGCCUAACCAUCGAAGGUAGCUUUCAAAGUGCUGGCCAAAAUGUCUAA